UGACUACCCGUGCCCUUACCUAUUUCGAUAUCACGUCGCGCAGCCAAUGAGUGCAACGCAUUAUGCCUUCGUUUAAUGUUAUCUCCCCAUAAUACAUACCUGUUGUGUGGGUUUGGGCGCAAAGCGCAUUGAUGGUUUGCUGUAAGCGCGCUUUCGGGGUAAUUCUUGUCAGUCGGGGUACGUACGAAUGCUCGUUUCGGGCUGUGCUGUGCUGUGCUUUGCUGUGCUGUGUAGGCUUGGGUUCGUAUCAGUAUUUUUUUGGAGGUGGGUUUGCAUGUAGGGGCCUCAGGAUGAUGGAUAUAAGGGUGGGUUGUGUUGCCUUCUGGAGAAUUCAUCAUCACACAACAACUCUCCACAACAACAACCACAACCACAACAAUAAACAUCUUCUAUUGCUGUUCUCCUUUUCUUCCAUAACUGUUUCCUUGAGUUUUUGUAUCACAAAGGGUCCGAUUCUUUAAUCCGCCCCCUUUCGAGUUCUUGCUUACGACACUUUCGCUGUCACGAUCUCAUAAGAGCAUCUCAACGACCCUCACCAUAACCGGAUCCUCAUCUCAAAAGAUCCUCACAUCCUCUCUUAUCAUCUAAUCAACAACCCCGCAACCAUGAGUCCCCCACCCCGAGUAGACGUCUCCCCACUCUGCGACUCCGUAACCCCAGAGUGUCCCGUUGAAGGAACACUGUACGGCUACACUCCCUCUCUCGCCUGGAACGCCUUCUUUGCCGGCUUCUUCGGUCUCUGCUGCCUCAUCCAACUCGGCUUUGGAAUCCGCUACAAAACCUGGACCUACAUGAUCGGUGUCGGUCUAGGUUGUUUCGCAGAAUGUGUGGGCUACAUCGGCCGUCUCAUGAUGCACAACAACCCUUACAACGAGAUUGGCUUCCAGAUCCAGAUCGUGCUGCUCAUCUUUGCGCCUGCGUUCUUGGCUGCGGGUAUCUACCUGACGCUGAAGCAUCUCGUGAUCCAGUUUGGCGAGAGCUGGAGUCGUUUGAGACCGGCUUGGUAUACCUAUGUGUUCAUUGCAUGCGACAUCAGUAGUUUGGCGUUGCAGAGUGCUGGUGGUGCUAUCGCGGCUACUUCUGAUGAGGAGAGCGCGAGGGACAAUGGAACAAACAUUAUGAUUGCUGGUAUCAUCUGGCAGGUUGUUGUCCUCGUCAUCUUCGGUGCCAUUGCCGGCGAAUACGCAUUCCGUACCUACCGCCGCAGAGCCUCGCUUUCGCAAUCCGCUCUCAGCCUUCUCGCAGACACAAAGUUCCGUCUUUUCCUCGGUGCUGUGGGCGUGGCUUAUCUUACCAUCUUUGUGCGUUGCGUGUACCGCAUUCCUGAAUUGCUCGGCGGAUGGGGUGGCGACCUGAUGCGUGUCGAGAGCGAGUUCAUUGCGCUUGAGGGUUGGAUGAUUGUUUUGGCUGUCCUGGCACAAACUGUGUUCCAUCCUGGUUACUGCUUCCCACCCAUGUCUGGACGCAAGAACGGUGGUCAGUUCAGGAAAGCACUCAGUGUUGAUGAGUCCAACAGUGAUGUGGAGAUGAUGGGACGGGCGAACCAUGCUUAA